AAUGAUAAAUUCUUACUCAUUUCCACAUUUUUCAAACAGGAGGCCUAAGUUCUUGAUUAUAGUAUGUUGAAGUUACAAUUUUAGUUUGUUGAAUGAAUAAUUACUCACCUAUAACUGCUUACUUAAGGAGAAAUUUAUAAAUUAUUUGCUGCUAUUAUUGUCACCUAAUUGGAAAUAAAAUGGAAUGCCAUGUUUGUGGUGGCAAAGAAUUUAACAUCAAUGUUGGGAAGCAAAUGUGUGCUGAAUGUGGCACCGAGAAUGAGAAGUAUGUGGAAGUAGCUGCUGCUGAGGAGACCAUAGGCUGCAAUGCAAAUCGCCAUAGAAUUGUGCACGUUUCAGAGCAAGUUAUUGAUGCUGCAAGUGCAAGCAAGCUAGCUACCGGUACCUCUGCAUACAGCAAGUGGACAACAUAUGAGGCCUAUACGUUUGUGCUGCAAGACUGGAGCCUGGCACUUGUCAAACUCGGGGCCUCGGCUUCUCUACCAGAGCUUGUGCUUCGCAUGUGGGCAGGCUACCUUAAUAAAAUUGAGGUAGCCUUCCUAGAGACAAAGAUCCGCAACAACCAAUCUGUGCCCAAAACCCCUAAAGUUGGUCUUCUACGAAAUAAGAGAGAUGUUAUUCUUCUCCAUCAAAAAGCCCCUUUUGUAAGAAAAUCAUUCCUUACUGGCUCAUCACAGAAAAUCAAGGAGAAAAAGAACCGCAAAUUGAAACGAAUCGUUCGCAAAACCAUGAAGCAAAAAACGCUUUCUAGUGUGAAAGUACAUGGACGCCAUGCCAAGUCCCUCGUUCAAAAUUUGAGCAUUGCCCUUCUCGCCUCCGAUCCAAAUGCGAACAACACCCAAUCUCAGUCGUCACCGUCAUCUCCAUCCUCUGGGUCUUCUGGUUGCAGUAGCGCUAGUACAGCUAGUCACAUGAGUACUGAUCCCGAAGAAAUAUUGAGGAACUUCAAACCACAGCCUGUGCUGAGAUCGUGUGUUGUCUUACGUUGGCUUAACAAUAAUGAACAUAUUUAUGACACAAUGGAAACAAGUGCACAGGAUCGAUCACAGAAUGAUGAACCUGCUGAAGAGAGAGCAUCUUUUUCGUCGGUUGAAGAAUUACCUCGUUCUGUACAAGUACCAGAUCAGCUCCUGGCCGCAGCUGCAAGUUUACCGAAACGCAACACAACGCAUUAUGUGCCCAUAAACACGACAAAUAAGUGGGCGGCCAAUGAAGCAAUGUCAUUGUUCGGGUCUGUAAGAAGUGAAACAUUUGGUGAAUCAUUAAAGAGGAAAAAUGAUAAUGACCCAAAUGGCAAAUCUCAUGACGAUGCGCCUCUUGAGAAAGUUCAGAAAACUUCUCACGGUGAAACAACUAAUGCGAGCGUCGGCGACCAGGACCGGAGCAUAAUUGACGUUAUUAGGGAGAAGUCCACAUCAAUUCAAAAACUGAAGGAUGAUCUACAUGAAUUAUUUCAAAAGAAAACUCCGCUAAAAUCUGCUAAGCGUGGCCGUCUUCGACGAAAUAGGUUCGUCAGCAGAAGAGACAUGCACGAGUACAAAUAUUUCGAGCCGUACACUCCAACUUUUGCCAAAUUGGUGGCCUUGCUCUACAUCGCUUGCCGAGUCAAUGGAGAAGAAAUGUUGCUCCUGGAUUUGCUGAAUUGGUGCAACUCGAACCACUUACCGUACCAGGCAGCGCCGUAUUUACUGGAGGACUCCAUGAUAGACCUGACCCGCCUAGAUCUUUACCAACUGCGACAGUGCAAGAGCGUGCCGUGGCAUGGGCAUGUCUAUCGACUUGUCAUCAAAUUGAGUGUCCUGCUGGAUGCUCAGCUUCUUCCUCUGCCGCGCUCUGACGUCGUCACCAGUCGCCUCCUACACAUCCUCUGUCUGCCAAAAAGCCUGGCCCCGAGCGUGAGCGCGCUAGUGCAGCGGUGGCCGAUAGACCAGUUGGAAUCUCCUUACAAAUUUGAAGUGCAUUCUCCUGAGACAUUCGUCGCCGCCAUCAUAGUCUUACUUCUGAAGAUGUCCUGGGGCUUGGAUGGCGUGCAAGAAGAUAAACUUUCGUGUCAAGUUUUGCGCAUCAAUGCGGAACUCCGGCGCCACGGCUCUAAACACCGACUUUUCUGCUGGCGAACUUGGCACAGGCACAUUAAUCGCUUACUGUGGUUCAAUGAGACGGUAGAUCUGAGUGGACCAAGGCAUCCCUUCAGGAGACCACCUCUCAACCACUCCAUGGACCUGUCUUCUUUAGUCCACUCUUUCUGGUCGGAAGGACUUUGGCGAAGGUCCAGAUCUACUGCCAAGAGAGAGGACUCGCUAGCCCCGCUGUUCCAUCAGCUGCUGCGUACCAAUGACCAAUCCAUUACCAAGCUCCUCAACGAGGAACGUCUCUUCAAUGUCACGUACCAUCACCUGACCGGCGUCGCGCAGCAGUACAAGCAUUGCUGGCUCAAUGACGUCAGAGCAGACAAAGACGACAUGAAGCAGGUAGCCGAUGAAAUUUGCCGAACAUCGUUUGAGUGUCACCAAUUUGACUUUUUGAGUAACGUCAAGCCAGUGCAGGCAGCUCUUGCGUCUUCUGGAUCUGAACUCCGAGUUCAAGUCAAGUCCAUGAGUAAUGAAAUCUUGAAGUGGUCACAACUCAGCUGGGUUCAAAAUUCUUUCUCUACGAGACGCAUGAAAAAGAAAAAAAAUAUUUCGAACGAAACUUUCUGUGAUAUCGACGAGAAUCCUCCAAGCUCAAGUAAUGAUAUAUCGAGUGAGAACGAAAACUCAGAAGUUGCUUAUGAUUAUCCUGAUGAUAUUCCUGAUGAUUAUAACGAUAUCUGUGACGAAGAUAAUGGCGUCGAAGAUCUUGAUCCAAGUGAUGACGAAGAGGAUUUGGAAUUAAGGUCAAAUGAAAUUCAUCUUGUAAAUCCAUUAGAACAUUUUUGGCACGCGCCUAGUGCCAUCAUGGGCUCAGCUCCUGAUGGAAUUAGGCACGCGCGUAGUGCCAUCAGAAGCUCAGCUCCUCAGAGCUUCUGGUGGCUGCUCGAAGUUGUCGCAUUUGUAUGCCGAGAAAAACCUGAAAAUUUGUUGUCUAAGGUAGUCAUGCUUGAAAAACUGAUAUAAUCACAUGGAGCAACGUAGAUUUCUACCUCGUAAUACAUGUGUAAUUCAC